CUCAGCUGCCGAGUCUCCAUCGGAAAACAGAUCCGCCAAGACAAAGCAGGUAAUCGCGCCUCCUCAGAGAACCAUUGGCACCUUUUAGCCAGCGCCGCUCCUGGAAAGCAGAAAGGCAAAGGGGCAGGGAGCGGGAUGGGAAGCCCGUGGGAAUCCCGGAGAGGACGGAGAGGCCAGACUGGGCGGCCGCAAACGCCCUUUCUCUUCCUGCUGCCUUUGUUCUGCCCCGCGCUCUCUGCGCAGGUCCGCUAUGCGAUCCCAGAGGAGCUGGCCCGGGGCUCGCUGGUGGGCAACCUCGCCAAAGACCUGGGCCUAAGCUUGCGGGAUUUGCCUACUCGAAACCUGCGGGUUAGUACGGAGAAGAAAUUCUUUACCUUGAGCCCCGAGAACGGGGACUUAUUUGUGAGCCACCGGAUAGACAGAGAGCAGAUCUGCGGAAAGAAGCCCACGUGUGUCCUGGAGUUUGAAAUGGUUGCUGAAAAGCCUUUAAACUUUUUUCACAUAUCGGUGGAGAUACAGGAUGUCAACGACAACCCUCCGAUCUUUAGCCAAAAUACCACUGAGCUGGAAAUCAGCGAGCUGGCGCUCCCUGGAGCCACCUUUGCCCUGGAAUCUGCCCAAGAUUCGGAUGUAGGUGUCAAUUCCCUGCAGCAGUACUCCCUCAGUCCCGACCCGCACUUCUCUUUGACUCAGAAGGAGAACCCAGAUGGCAGCCGGUACCCGGAGCUGGUAGUGAAGGAGCCCCUGGACAGGGAGGAGCAGUGCUACCAUCAGCUGACUCUCAUUGCCGUGGACGGGGGCGAGCCAUCCAGGAGCAGCACUACCCAGAUCAGGGUGGUUGUUGCAGACGCAAAUGAUAACCCCCCAGUGUUCCCCCAGGACGUGUACAGGGUCAGCGUUCAGGAGAGCCUGCCUGCGGGCUCCUCGCUACUGACAGUGACUGCCACUGACCCAGAUGAGGGCAUCAAUGCCCAGGUCACCUACGCCUUCAUUAACAUUGAUAAGGCAGCAAGGCAAGUGUUCAAACUGGAGAGUAAGACAGGGGAACUCACCCUUGGUGGAGGGCUGGACUUUGAAGAGAGAGAGAGCUACACACUUGGAGUGGAAGCAAAGGAUGGGGGACAUCACGCUACUCGUUGUAAAAUACAAAUAGAUGUUUUGGAUGAAAACGACAAUGCCCCAGAGAUAACCCUUGCUUCGGAAUCCAAACAUAUACAAGAAGAUGCCAAGCUGGGGACUGUUGUGGCCCUGAUCAGAAUGCAUGAUCUAGACUCAGGAGUUAAUGGGGAGAUCCUGUGCCAACUAAAAGGGAAUUUCCCGUUUAAAAUAGUCCAGGAUACAAAAAAUACAUACAAGCUAGUGACCGAUGGAAUCCUGGACCGGGAGCAGACAGCAGAGUACAAUGUCACCAUAGUGGCCACUGACAAGGGCAAUCCAGCCCUCUCCACCAUCAUGAGCGUCACCCUGCACAUCAAGGACGUCAAUGACAAUGCUCCGGAUUUCCACCAGGCCUCCUAUGUGGUCCACGUGACUGAAAACAACCCUCCUGGAACCUCCAUCACGCAAGUCAGCGCCUCCGAUCCGGAUCUGGGACCCAAUGGCCAAGUCUCCUACUCCAUCGUGGCCAGCGACCUGGACCCGCGGGCGCUGUCGUCCUACGUGUCCGUGGGCGCGCACAGCGGGGUAGUGUUCGCGCAGCGCGCCUUCGACCACGAGCAGCUGCGCGCUUUCCAGCUGACACUGCAGGCGCGUGACCAGGGCUUGCCCGCGCUCAGCGCCAACGUCAGCCUGCGCGUGCUGGUGGGCGACCGCAAUGACAAUGCGCCCAGGGUGCUGUACCCCACGCUGGAACCUGAUGGCUCCGCUCUCUUCGACAUGGUGCCGCGCUCAGCGCAGCCUGGCUACCUGGUCACCAAGGUGGUGGCGGUGGACGCAGACUCAGGACACAAUGCCUGGCUGUCCUACCACGUGCUGCAGACCAGUGAGCCCGGGCUCUUCGGCGUGGGGUUUCGCACAGGCGAGGUGCGCACCGCGCGUGCCUUGGGUGACAGGGAUGCGACCCGCCAGCGGCUGCUGAUCGCUGUGCGAGAUGGAGGACAACCACCCCUGUCGGCUACAGCAACGCUGCACCUGGUCUUCGCAGACAGCCUGCAGGAGGCGCUGCCGGACCUCAAAGAUCGCCCUGAGCCCUCUGACCCUCAAGCUGAGCUGCAGUUUUACCUGGUGUUGGCUUUGACCUUGGUUUCGGUGCUUUUCCUCCUUGCCGUGACCCUUGCCGUUGCCCUGCACUUGCAUCGUUCCUCCAGCCCCACAGCGUGGGGCUGUUUCCAGCCAGGUCUCAGCUCCAAAUCCGGACCUGUUAUUGCGCACAACUACAGCGAGGGGACUUUGCCUUAUUCCUAUAAUCUCUGUGCUGCCUCACAUUCCUCGAAGACAGAGUUUAAAUUCCUCAAUAUAAAUCUGGAAAAUGCUCCACCGCAAGACCUUCUAUGUGAUGAAGCCUCUUGGGUUGAAAAUAGCAGCAAUGACAAUCCCCAAAUAACUUCCAAUCCAGUCAAUGUGCAACAGGUGAGUGUCUUCCAAAUCCCUGCGUUUUAUAAAUAGAGUUAGGGUUCCAUUUAUUAUACCAGAGGAAGAAAAGUAUACAGGCAAAAUACCAGUAUGUUCCGAUCUAGGUCUGUUUGUUAAUUUCUCUGAGUGUUGGGUGGGGGAGGAUAUAUAGUAUAGGCUUAUCUCUACUGCCAUUGUUCUUUUGUAAAAAGUGGCCAACAUAUGAUGCUCCUGAAUUGCUUGUUAGUUAUCAAGUACAAUCUGGAAGAAUUUAAUGCAUUAGUACUCUCAUGGUCAAAAUCUAGAAUUUAAGGUAAAGUUAGACAAUUAAGUCAUUUACUAGUUUUAACUCAGAAAAAUGUAUUUGAUACUUUCAGCCCUGAAAUAUAUAUGUAAUAUGUAGCCUAAGUAAAUUCACUUUGUUUUAAAUUCAUAUUUUUAAAAGUUAUACAGAUAUGACCUAAGUUAGGAUGGUACUUUAUGUAGAUGUCAAUAAACCUAA